AUGGAUUCUGACAGUGAUGAUGACAAUGUGCACUUUGGGACUCCUCUGGAGCCCCUAGAAGAAGGUAAGAUCGCCGCCAAGCGGCGACCACCGGCACUGGAGGAUCAGACGGCGCGCGACGCGCGCGGCCGCCAGCGCUUCCAUGGCGCCUUCACGGGUGGCUUCUCGGCCGGCUUCUUCAACACGGUGGGCUCGCGGGACGGCUUCCAACCGGCGACGUUCGUGUCGUCGCGCUCGAGCCGCGCCGAGGGCCGGUCCGCAAGACCCGAGGACUUCAUGGAUGACGAGGACCGGGGUGAGCACGGGAUAGCGCCCCAGCGCGUGCAAGCCAAGCAGGACUUCCAGGAGGCGCCGACAGGUGGCACGAAGCGAAGACAUCCACAGUUCGACGAGGGCCCCAUUCCCGGGCAGCCCGUGCUCGAGCAGCUGAUCAAGCCGGAUACGGUGGGGGUGCGGAUUCUGAAGUCGAUGGGCUGGCGGCCCGGCCAGGGCAUCGGGCCCCGCGUCACCCGCGCAGAGAAGAAACAGCAGCAGAAGGUGUACGGCUGCGCGCGCCCUCCCGGCGCCGACUCCGCCGUGGCCGCCGACUCCGACUCCGAUUCGGACUCGGACGCUGCGCUGCGGGAGGUGCUGCUGGCGCCGGACGACUCGGAGGCGCCGCUGGUGCGGCCCAAGGACGACCUGUUCGGGCUGGGCUACCGCGGCCUGGAGCGGCGCGCCGUGCUGGGGCCGCCCUCCGGCGACCCGACCCUCCGCUACAGGGACGCCAAGGGCAAGCUGGCCGUCCGCGGACAGGCGUUCGGCGUGGGCGCCUUCGAGGAGGAGGACGAGGACAUCUACACCACCGAGGACAUGUCCAACUACGACUUCUCCGAGUCGGGCCCGGAGCGCGGUGCGCGCGGAGGGCGGCCGGCUCCCUCGGCCGCCGACCUGCUGUCGCGCGCGCUGGCCGGCUUUCAGCUGGCGUCGAGCCGGCCGGCGGCGGCCCCCCGCUACCCGCCGCCGCCGCUGCCGGCCGACUUCCGGCCCGAGCACCGGGCGCGCGGCUCGCGCUUCGCGCGCUACGAGAAGUUCCUCAAGCUGUCGGCCGCCAACAGGAAAGAGGACUACCGCCUGCUGCUGCCGGCCUCGAUGACCGACUGGGAGCGGGGGCGCGAGGUCAGCGAGUUCGGCCGGGCGGCCCAGCUGUUCCGGCCGCUGGCCGCCUCGCUGGCCGACCGGUUCGUCUCAGCGGGCACCGCCGAGCAGGAGCGGCCGACGCCGGCCGCCCGGCCCGCCGACGACCCGGCGGCCGAGGCGGCGCGGCGCCGCAUGUUCGGUCCGCUCACCAGGCGGCGCCAGGAGUGGCACCCGGCGCCGCUCCUCUGCCGCCGCUUCAACGUCAAGAACCCCUACCCGCACUCGAGCCUGGUGGGCACGCUGGGCUCCGGAAGCGGCCCUGCGCGCUCGCAGUUCGAGGCGCUGGACACGUCCGCCCUGGAGUCGGAGCCGGGAGGGCACCCCAAGAGCGGCCGGUUAAUGUGGGACCUGCUGCUGGCCGACGAGGCGGCGCAGGCGGGUCAGGACACCUCUCAGCGGGCGGCCGCUCCUGGGCCUGCCGAAGCCCCGUCGCAGGUGCCGGCGACGGUGCCGGCGCCGGUGCCGGCCCAGAAGCCGCCGGCGGACCUCUUCAAGGCCAUCUUCGACGACUCGAGCAGCGACUCGGAGGCCGAGCCGACCGCCGUGACGUCACAAACUCCGGCGGCGACGUCACAAACUCCGGCGGCGCCGCCGGCCGCCGUCAAGAAGGCUGGUUUCAGCCUGUUCGACAACGUCAACCUGGACGAGCUGAACAGCUGGCGGCGGAGCAAGCCAUCUGACGACGAAUACGGUCCCAAGCUCCCGCCGCGUCCGCCGGGCGGUGGUGCCGCGUCCCGCCCGCUGGUGCCGGAGAGGCACCGCGAUAGUGAUGGAGGCGAGUGGAAGGAGAAGUCACCCGGCCGGCACAAAAAGAAGAAGAAGCACAAGAAGAGCGAGAAGAAACGGAAGAAAAGUAAGAAGCGUGCGAGUGAUGAUUCGGACUCGAGUGAUCUGGAUGGUGAGCUGCUGAACAAGCUCAGGGAAGUGGCAACGAAAAAGAAGAAAAAGAGCUCGCAUCGUUGACAUCAUGGAAUACAACAUAACGGGGCCGUG